UUAAAAAAAAAUCCCAGGAAGUAUUUUUUACUGAACAGAACAAGGUCCGCUCCACAACCACAACCACAACCGCAACCGCAACUCCCUUCUCAGAUUCCAAAGUCUCCAUUCUUCGCGGCCUCUGCACUCUUGUCUCUCAGGUGGUGGCUCUGAAACCCUAAUUUUGGCUGCUGUGAAGUUUGGGGGAGAAUUGGGGUUUUUUUCUUUUCUUUUUUCUUUUUGUGAUGGAAUUUGAAGAAGGAAAAAGCAAUGGUGAUAGCAUGGAGUUCACUAGGGCGGCUCAAUGUUCCAAGAAUGAAGCCAAUGGUUUUGAAUUUGCGAUAUGUAAUGAUGUUGCCAAGAGCAGCUCCUCAGGGGCAAGUGAGGGUAUUCGGACUUACAAGAGGCGGAGGCGUGAGAGGUGGAGUUGGGACAGCAAAUCACAGGAAGAUGGGAGAGCUAAUGGGGAAUCUUGGAGUCAAAUGGUGGACCAGGUACCCUCUCUGGUUCUCUUCCUCUCUGCCUAAAUAUGUAUGCAUUUUUUCUCAUCAACCUGUGCUUGAUUUCUUGAAGCGUCUAAAGCAACCGGUGGGCCCGGUUAUACACAACACCUCUUCUGAGCAAGUCCAUCUUCGAAUAAAUAGUUCUGAUGAUUGCUCAGGGAGACAGUGGAGAAAUGCCGUACUGGAGCACAUGUGUCAGUCAAUAAGUGAUGAUGAAGGUGGUGUACAGGUGUGCAUCAGAGAAGCCCUGGGCCAUCUUCGACAGAUUGAUCAUACAGUGCCUAAGGAAUUUGGUGAAGAUAAUGAGGAUCGGCACAAGUGUUUUCUGCCAGUACGGUCAGUCUGGAAUGGACCUCAUAAUGUAGCCAGUGGGCAGGAGGAUGUUAUAUCUAAUGGCUCUUCAAGUAAAUCAAAGCAUCAUACAGUCACUUCGACGUGCCAACAUGCUUUUUUCAAUAUCUUAGUCUCAGAGAAGUUUGCUUUAUUGUGCAAGCUGCUGUUACAAAAUUUUCAAGGAAUCAAGGCUGACAGCAUUUUUGACCUUAAACACAUAAACUCAAGGAUGAAAAGUGGAGUUUAUGAAGAUUCACCGUUGCUCUUCUCAAAGGAUAUGCAACAGGUAUGGAGAAAGCUUCAAGGGGUUGGUACGGAAUUGAUUUCCCUUGCAAAAAGCCUCUCGGACAUGUCAAGGAGUUGCAAGGACCAGGUCGGAGGUUCAGGCUACAGCACGUUUGAAGUUGGGAAAAAUGAGUUCCACACCUUGGAAUCUGACUCUUAUCCUAAACUGGAGCAGACAGAGGAUUGUGGUGUAUACACAGUAUACACUUGCAGGCACUGUGGAGACAAGGCAAAUGGGAGUGAUUGUCUAGUAUGUGAUUCAUGUGAGGAGAUGUACCAUGUAUCUUGCAUUCAGCCUGCUGUCAAAGGCAUUCCUACAAAAAGUUGGUAUUGUGCAAGUUGCACUGCUUGUGGUAUUGCAUCACCGCAUGAGAAUUGUGAAGUGUGUGAAAGGCUGAUUGCCAGCAAAAGUCUAGUUGAUGGAGUUGGCGGUGAAAAUGUUCCUACAAAUGAGGAAACAGUCGAGUUGGGAGAUAACUCAAAUUAUAGUACAGAUGAUGGAAUUCAACUAUCUGAAGAUAACGGCGACUUGAACCUUUGCAAAGUUUGUGGAGUUGUGGUAGUAAAGGGUGAGACAGUGAAAAUAUGUGGUCAUCCAUACUGCAUGAACAAGUACUACCAUGUGAGGUGUCUGACGGCAGGGCAGUUGAAGCUGUAUGGUCCACGUUGGUACUGCCCUUCUUGUCUAUGCAGAGCUUGUCUCACCGAUAAAGAUGAUGAUAAGAUUGUUCUUUGUGAUGGCUGCGACCAUGCGUACCAUAUCUAUUGCUUGAACCCACCACUCUGUUCCAUUCCAAAAGGAAAAUGGUUUUGCAGAAAAUGUGAUGCAACAAUUCAGAUGAUACGCAGAGCAAAAAGGGCUUAUCAAAAAAAUGAAAAGCAACAGGAUAAGAAAAGUGAAGGAUCAAUUAAGUGGAAUGAAAAAGUUGAUGAUGGAGAAUCAGAACAAGGUAGGGGGGGAAUGGAUGUGCUUCUGCAUGCAGUCAAGACUCUAGAUCAUGAAAAGAAAAUGGCUGCUACUGAGAUAAUGAGAAACUUUCAGGACAGACAGAAUUUGUAGCGAUUUAGACUUUGAUUUUGAUACACUGGAAGGCUAAGAAUUUCUGUUUUGGUCUGUUGUUUGAGGGGGAUAUUCCAAGUGAAAGAUUUGAUGACGGGGAAUGAGAAAAAUGUAGAGAGGCUUUUAAAGCAAGGUAUCUGCGACAACUGCCUGGCAUGGAUGCUUUUCUAGUUGCAGUCAAGACUCUAGAUCAUGAAAGGAGAUGAAGUGUUAACAACAUGAAAUUUCCAGGACUGACUACUUUUUCUGUGAGUAACGAUUUUGAUAUUGUAGUUAUAUUACUCUAGACUAAGAAUUUUCUUUUUUGCUGCCUUGUUUUGGGGGAUAUUUUUGUAGAUUGUGAACUUUGUUAGAUUCUGCUGACUUUGGAUACAUAACACAGCGAAAGACAUGAUUCUAAAGGCUGUAUAUGUUGCUUGCUCCUUGCUAAAGUGCACGAUUUGAGAAAAGGACAUAGCAAUUGGGUAGAAUGACCAUUUUCAGAACCACCAUUGAACACACUGGUGGUUUGUAACGUUGUACUGUGUAAGUAGUUACUUUAGAAGGGGUAUCUGAAAGUAGUUCUUACUUGUGUUGUGAAACAGUUCUUCAAAGUGAUAGACACUUGACAAUGAAUUCUGAUUCUUAAUCAUAUAUUUCCUGUCUUCUGUUAUCAUCAUUUUA